AUGCCACCACAAUUUAUUUUCGAAUCGGAGGAUGAUACCGACUACUCGGAGACCGAUGUCUCCAUCAGCGGUCGUAAAGGCCGCACCUCCGUCCGCCGACGCUCUAUCUCCCGCCACCGCCGCCCGGAGGUUGCCUCGGCCGCCUACCUCCAACCUACGACGCAAGCAACACGAGUGUACCGCUCAGCCUCGACAGGUGGGGGUCGUCGUCGAGAGCGCGACGUCGGGCCCUCCGUCAUGAUCGUGAAUGAGCAAGCCCAGCGCACAAACAACAGCAACGCCAACAAGCCCAAGAUGAAGCAGUCCAAGGUGAUCGACGUCGACGAGAUCGAAGAAGACGUGCACCGAUCCCGCCGUCGCGCCGCGAGCGGAAUCUCCCGCGAGGCAUCCCCUUAUCAACCUCAACACCGGGACCUCGAACUCCUCAUGGAGCAGCGCCUGCUUGAACGCAACGAUAACCGCCAGGACAUGGAGCUCUUCAAGCAGCAGCAGGAGAUUGAGCGGCUGGAGCGGGAACUGGAGAAGCACCGCGAGCGUGUCGAGCCUCCGCGUGAUUCUCGUGAACUACGCCACCUCCGUGAAGAGGAGGAGUGGUAUGAGGAGGAGAUUAGCGACCGGUUGCGCAAGUUGGAGCGGCAGGAGCGCAAAUCUCGCAAUGAAGAUGAACAGCGUAAGGCGAAUGCUCAGUGGCGCUUGAAGAAGUUUGAAGAAGAUACUCGUCUUGAAGAGGAGCGUCGCAAGGCUGAUGCCCAGUGGCGCUUGAAGAAAUUCGAGGAAGAAACUCAUACCGCUGAGGAGCGCCGUAAAGCCGAGCAUGAGUGGCGUCUCAAGAGAUUUGAGGAGGCGGAGAAGGAAGCUGCUGAUCGCAAGGAGCUGAAGCAAAAGUUGGAAGAGUCGAAACUGAAGGAGAUGGCUCGCGAGAAGGAGGAGCGUGAGGAGCGUGACAAGCUCAAGCAGGAGAUUAUUGAAGAAGAGGCUCGCGCACAGCGCGCAUUGCAAGAGAAGAGGGCCAAGGAGAUCGCCAUGAAGAAGGCUGCCGUUGAGGAGUGGAAGAUCGAACAGGAAAAAGCCAAGCAGGCGGCUAAAGAGGCGCAAGAGAAGAAGGAUAAGGAAUUCCGUGAGCGUCUUCGUCACGAGUUCGGAUAUAGCGAGGAGGAAAUUGAGAAGAUGCUCAACAAGGAGAAGAAGGAGCACAAGAAGUACGAGGAACACAAGAAGCACGAAGAGCACAAGACUAUUACCGAGGAGACGAAAACCACAUGGAUCAAGGUUCACCGCAAGCACCUGCUCCCCGAAACUUUGUUGGCGUACAACCUGCCUUGGGACUGGGACGAGCGCGACACCAACUACAUCAUCAUCAAGAAAUGGGUCACCGAGGACUUCCAGGAAGAACUCUUUGCACACUCCCGCCGAAUUCGCGAGGGUAAGGUCAUUGCCGAGACAUCCAGCUCCACGACCGAACUCAAGGUCAACGACCGCAGAAAGGACAAGAUGUAUUUGGUGAGGAAGAAGAGCCCCGGCCGGAAGUUUAUGUUCGUCUAA